GAGCCCCAGCCCCGGGAUUCCCAAGUGCUUCUGCUUGCUGAUCAGGACUGCACACAGGACUCACCAUGGAGUUGGGCUUGAGCUGGGUUUUCCUUCUUGCUAUUUUAGAAGGUGUCCAGUGUGAGGUGCAGCUGGUGGAGUCUGGGGGAGGCUUGGUACAGCCUGGGGGGUCCCUGAGACUCUCCUGUGCAGCCUCUGGAUUCACUUUCAGUAGCUACUGGAUGAACUGGGUCCGCCAGGCUCCAGGGAAGAGGCUGGAGUGGGUCUCAGCUAUUAAUAGUGACGGGAGUAGCACAAGCUACGCAGACUCCAUGAAGGGCAGAUUCACCAUCUCCAGAGACAACGCCAAGAACUCGCUGUAUCUGCAAAUGAACAGUUUGAGGGCUGAAGACACAGCUGUGUAUUACUGUACUACAGACACAGUGAGGGGAAGUCAGCGUGUCCAGUGUGAGGUGCAGCUGGUGGAGUCUGGGAGAGGCUUGGUACAGCCUGGCGGGUCCCUGAGACUCUCCUGUGCAGCCUCUGGAUUCACCUUCAGUGACUACUACAUGAGCUGGGUCCGCCAGGCUCCAGGGAAGGGGCCGGAGUGGGUAGGUUUCAUUCGAAACAAAGCUAAUGGUGGGACAGCAGAAUACGCCACGUCUGUAAAAGGCAGAUUCACCAUCUCCAGAGAUGAUUCCAAAAGCAUCACCUCUCUGCAAAUGAACAGCCUGAAAACCGAGGACACGGCCGUGUAUUACUGUGCUAGAGACACAGUGAGGGGAGGUCAGUGUGAGCCCAGACACAAACCCCCCUGCAGGGGCGCGCGGGGCCUCCAGGGGGCGCUCGGGACCCACUGA